CUCCUUGACUGGGAUAGAAACCAGCAAGAGUGAGGUGAUGGGGUGGUGGAGGGAUGCUGUGAAACUUAACACACAUAUUACAUGACUAAGAAACAUCUUUAAAAUGCUGGCAGUAAGUUAGCCAGUUUGUUCUAUAACAGGAAGGAUGUGGCAUCUGGGUCUGCUAUACCACUGCCUUCCAUUCAAGGAUGCCACUGAACAUUCAGUUCUUCUUCUCAGUGGGCACAGGUACACCAAACAUUCAUUUGCGUCAUAAAUGUAGAAAUCUAGUCUUUGUCAUUUUUAUUUAAGAUGAUCAUUUUAUGUUAUUUUGCAUCGUUGUAUAGCCUUUUGUCUGCCUUUGAUUGUGGGUUUUAUAACAUAUAUGUGUUAUAUAUGUGCUUUUAUAACAUUUAGCUCUGCACAUGAAUCCCAAUACAUGCCUCAUUAUGCAAAUGACAAGGACUAAACUUCUUCAACACAGGAAAUGUGAAGGAGAAGAACUGAAGAGUGAAACUGAGUUAGUGCACAGUGUGUUAGAAAGGACAAUAGUUUGAGGCAUGAUGAAGCUCCUUCUGCUGGUUGUAAUGUUAUCUUUACAGAGUGGAUUACUAGAGGGGAUUACUGUACCAACAACAGAAUUCACAUAUGAGGAGUAUGCAGACUAUUACAUUUCUUGGGAGCCAGUAUAUCACAAUAUGGAAAAUAUUACAGUGCCGAACAUCACAGUGUACCGACAGAUGGAGGACAGAGAGCAUGAUAGUGUGAUAGUGCUCUGCAUGUUUGACCGAAUGAGAUACAGUUGGCAGAUGCAGUUUUUCGAGCUGUCUGUGGAGAGUGAACUGAACUACACCAAGGAAAACCUCAAAUGCACUUUAGAUGGAGAAAUGUGUGUGUUUAUGGUCACGGUGAGUCCACCUGCUUCCUUCACCUGUGUGCAUGAGAUUCAUUCCAAUGGAGAAGUCAAGAACCUGAGCAGCCACACCUACAGUUACAAGCGGUCAGUCUUGGAUCAUCACAAGGAAGGAGUAUCUUUAUUCUACAUCUGCUUUUCCUCCUUCAUUGCUGUUGGUCUCGUCAUCAUGACUGCAGCAGUGAUCGUGACCACCAUCAGGAGCAAAGCUAAAGACUCCAUCAACCACACCACAACUGUUACAGACAAUGACUACAUGGAUGCAUAAAUAAUCAGAAGACUUUCUGAAGAGAGAAGAGCAGACCUGAAGAGGAAAAACAAACUUUUACUGUAAAAAUAUGAUUUAAAAAUAUUAUUAUUUUAAAUAGAAUUUUACAAAAAAAAGUUCCUUUGUUGAGAUUUUCUUUUAUAUUUUACAUGAUGAUUUUAUGUAAAUAUAAAAAAUUUAUUUUAUGAUUGAUUUCUGUCUACAGUACCUACAGCAGAGGGCAGUAGCUGUUAUAUUCCACAAAUGUGUCUUAAAAACCAUUACUUGCAUGAAUUACUAGAGAAUGUGAAUUUCAGAUGUUAAUUAAAAUUUAUA